AUGGCCCAGCUGUUGCACCAUCAGGAUUCUGCAUAUCAGGAUUCUGCGUUCUAUGGCAAGGAAUUGCAUGGGUGCCGAUGGGGUAUUCUUCAAUUCUUUGGAUUUCGCCGUCGCCUGCGGUCCCCAAAGAUGCUACCUGACAAGAAACAUGGUCAGGAGAAAAACAGUCGUGGAAGUAGACGCCGAAGCCACUGUUAUGCUCCAUUGACAAACGAAGACAGUGGAAUUCUGGAUGAUGAAAAAAAUACUGAGAGAGACGACAUCCGUAUGAGGCGAAAGAGCCACCGUAGCAUUUCAAUGGAUGGGGUUCUUCAUAAGGUCCCUUAUGGAAAGAAGGUGUCUGGAGAUGUAAUCAGUGAAGGUCUCCCCCGAUCAGCCUCUGCCACAUAUGAUAGGGAUGGUGUGAAACCUUACUUUGGUACUGCUACAAAGAGGCAUGUAAAUCAAGGUUUUCGGCGUUCACAUUCCCUCAGUGAAUCUUGGGAAAAUUACUCGCGCUUACUUGAUUCCAUUUCAAGUAAUGAAUCCAAAAGAAUACUGACCAACUCUAAGUCUACCAGGGAUCAUUCCCUAGAUGGCCCUAGUGUGAGUACUUCAUUGCAAAGAACUUCUGAAGCCUUCAGGUCUCAAGGUGAAAAUCUUGUAACUGCAGAAGAUGCAUUGGCACCACAUGUUCAAGAGAAAACUGACGUCAAUAUAAAUGUGGAAGUUGCUAAGGGUGAGAGCUCCAGCGAUAUGGUUGCUGGUGGCUCUGAAAAUCCUGCUUUACCUGACGAGUACGUUGAUGACAAAACUGAAGAAGACACAUGCACUGCUCCUUCACCUUCAGAAGCUGUUGAUAUCUCAGAAGAACAGAAAGUAAGUUGUGAUGAUAACAAUCAGAUUCCCUCAUCUGAAGUCGAGCUGUACGAUGCCUGUUCUACAUCAUCAGAAGUUGACAUACAAGAAGAACAUGCAGAAACUUAUGAUGAUGAUCAGAUCCACUCAUCAACACAGGCUGAUGCAUGUACUGCUCUAUCUUCAAAGGAGAUCAUUUCAGAAGAACACACUCCAAUUUCUCAUGACAACCAAAUGCACUCAUUCCAGAUUUCAAAACCCACAGAAGGUACUUUUUGUGUUCCUUACCCCAGUCACGAAUUUGAAGCGGACAUAAGUCUAAGCUGUGAACAAGAAACUGAAAGCCCAAUGUCUGUUCUUGACGUGGCCUUCUCAGAUGAUCCUGAUCUUCCGGUGAAACGCACCCCGCUGGAUGAUACGUUGUUGAACCCAAGAAUUCUCCAUUUAAAUGAUGCUGAUGCUUCAACUGGCGCUGCUAUCGUACAAGAAAGUGACUUUGAUGGUCUCCAAGUAGAUCCAAGGCACGAAAUUGAGUUCAACUAUGUGAAGGAUAUAUUCAAAAAGUCGAGUUUCAGCAACGAAAUACUGUUUGAUGAAUGGUAUUCACAGAACAUUACAGCUCUCCAAGAAGUGGAUUGCCAACACUACGAGGCCGCGGCAGCAUCAUUGGACUUCACGGAUAUGUCCGCUGAUCAGUUACUUUUGUUCGACUUGACAAAUGAAGCCCUGCUGGACAGUUACAAUAAAUAUUCUGUUUCAAAGUCUAGAUUCUACUGGUUCUCAUCUUUUGAUAGACCGAAACCUGUGGGAAACGGUGUUCUCGAGGAAUUGUGGUCUAGAGUGAGCUGCCAUCUGGAUGAACGACCGUGGUCCAGCAUCGAAGUCGACACGAAUUUGUCGAAUGACCUAGGCAAGAGCGAUCCCUGGACGAAUUUUCCGAGAGAUGCUGAUUAUCUGGGGAACAAGUUGGCAGACUUUGUAUUGGACAAGCUUCUGACUGAGCUCGUCCUUCAGCUUGCAGAGUUUUAA